AUGGAUUCCCUAGGAGAUGGGAACCACACUGCAGUGACAGAGUUCAUUUUACUGGGCUUAACAAAUGACCCAGUCCUUCGAAUCAUCCUCUUCAUGAUCAUCCUAUGUAUCUACCUGGUGACCAUAUCUGGCAAUCUCAGCACAAUCAUUCUUAUCAGAAUCUCUUCUCAGCUCCACCAUCCCAUGUACUUUUUCCUGAGCCACUUGGCCUUUGCUGACAUGGGUUCUUCAUCUUCUGUCUCACCCAAUAUGCUUAUAAACUUCCUGGUGGAGACAAAUACCAUCUCCUAUCAUGGAUGUGCCAUGCAGCUUAGUUCAGCUGGUUUCUUUGGGACAGCUGAGUGCUUCAUUCUGGCUGCCAUGGCAUAUGAUCGCUUCGUGGCAAUCUGCAACCCACUGCUUUAUUCCACCAAAAUGUCCACACAAGUCUGUGUUCAGUUACUUACAGUGGCUUAUAUUGGUGGUUUUCUCAAUGCUUCCUCCUUUACUAUUUCCUUCUAUUUUUUACUCUUCUGUGGACCAAAUCAAGUCAAUCAUUUUUUCUGUGAUUUUGCUCCUUUGGUUGAACUCUCCUGUUCUCACAUCAGUAUCCCCACAACUAUCCCCUCAUUUACGGCUGGCUCCAUCAUUGUGGUCACAGUGACUAUCAUAGCCAUCUCCUACAUCUACAUCCUCAUCACCAUCCUGAAGAUGCGCUCCACUGAGGGGCGCCACAAGGCCUUCUCCACCUGCACGUCCCACCUCACAGCGGUCACUCUGUUCUUUGGCACCACCACAUUCAUUUAUGUGAUGCCCAAGUCCAGCUACUCAACUGACCAGAACAAGGUGGUGUCUGUGUUCUACAUGGUGGUGAUCCCCAUGCUUAACCCCCUUAUCUACAGUCUCAGAAACAAUGAGAUUAAGAGGGCUCUGAAGAGAGAGCUUGGCAGAAAAAUAAUUUCUUAG